AUGGAGGAAGCAAAGCUACCCGAAUUACGGGAAGAGGUGAUAGAACUAAUUCUCUGCUGGCUUCCAGUAAAAUCUUUAAUCCGAUUCACCUGCGUUUCCAAACACUUCCAUUCCAUCAUUCUCUCGGACGCAAAAUUCGCCAAUUUCCAUUUCCAAGCCGCUCGUGACCGCAAAACCCUAACUCGUAGACUCCUAUACUCCAUAGAGGGUUCUCCUCGGGUGGAAUCUAUUGAUCUGGAGACGCCGUAUUUGGGAGACUGUUCCUUUGCUGCUGGAAAGCCAGAGCCAGAGCCAGCCGCCGGUGAAGUCUUUCUACUGGGCUCUUGCAAUGGUUUUGUGUUUCUUGGUUCGGAUGAGCAAGUGUUUUAUAUGUGGAACCCUUCAACCGGAUUUUCUAAGAAACUAGUCAAAUUACCUGACACUGGUGUGAAACAUGAUCGUGAGAUGUUUUGUGGCGUUGGCUAUUUGCCGGCUACCGACGACUACAGAGUGUUCGUUACAUACUUUGGCUAUUAUGGUGAUCCUUAUGAUUAUGAGGCCGCCAUUUUCUCGUCCACAGCUAAUGCUUGGGAAAUACUCGAGUUCAAUGAUUUGGAUAUAUCACCUGCUGAGGGGACUCUUUGGAAAGAGACACUUCAUUGGCUCGAUUAUCGUCUUGACAUCGUGGCUUUCGAUUUGGCUCAGCGAAAGGAUCACAAAUUCAAGAAAAUGUUGCCGCCCAAGGGUUUGUAUGAAAAAAACGAACGGCGAGAUUACAACGACAUUAUUCAACUUUCCGCUAGAGAAUGCCUGCUUCUUGUUCGUUUUCUAAAUAAAGCCAGUCGAGGCAUUCAUGUAUGGGUCAUGAGAGAAUAUGAUAUGCCUGACUCAUGGACUAAGUUGUUUAACUUGAAGUUUUCGGAUCCUCCUAAGGAGCGAUGGAGAUACAUACGCGGUGUCUGGGUUAUGGAAACUAGUACUGUUUUCAAAAUACUUGUUGGCGACAGGAAUGAGCGUGCGUUGGUGAAGAUUCUUCACAAAGAUGACAAAUGUAGCUUCUGUAUGGUUGAGGGCAUGUGUGAGAGCGUGAGCUAUCAAGAGAGUCUACUUCCGAUAGAUGAUUAG